AUGGAGUAUAAAAAAACGAAGAGGACAAACCAGUACAUCUUUGAAGGGAGCAGACACCAGGCUAAGAGACAGAAGAUAAACGUGAACGCAGAAUGCAAGGGGAUCCUCAUUUCCACGCUGAGCCCCAAACGAACGAAUGUAGGCAUAAAGGAAUUUUUGAAUUUUCUGAAGAUUCACUUUCCCAAUGAGGCAGAUGAAUCGUCAGUGAAACAGGGACCGAACAAGGAGGAACCGCAAAAGGAGGAGGAGAAGAAGAACAAGCCGAACGGAGAGCAAGCAGAACCAGAAGGAGAAGUAGAAGGAGAAGUAGAAGGAGAAGUAGAAGGAGGCCGCAUGGAAAAACAACUCAAUGAAGAAAUUAAGAAGGAAAACAUGGAGUACAAUCGAUUUGCCCCGCUUAGAAAUAUAGUAAAAAAUUUUACCUUCAUAAAAUUUAACAACAUAACGGAGAAAAACCCAUCUGACAUAGUUCAGGAAAUCUUCAUCUUAGCUCACAACAAAAAAGAAAAGUAUAUCCUUCGACAUCUCUGUAAAAUUAUUCCACUGGACUGCAUUUGCAAGCCACAUUUGUCUCCUUUCAUAAAGGCCAUUUUGCCAGUUCUGAAGGAGAACUUUCCCGAAGGGACGUGCGUGAAGGAGAAUUUCACCGUUGGUCAUUUGUCGAAGCUGAUGAACGUGUCGGCGGAGGAGGGUGAUCAGAAGGAGGGUGAUAAGAAGGAAGGUGAUAAGAAGGAAGGUGAUCAGAAGGAGGGUGAUCAGAAGGAAGGUGAUAAGAAGGAAGAUGAUAAGAAGGAAGGUGAUCAGAAGGAGGGUGAUCAGAAGGAGGGUGAGAAGGGGGAGGAUAAUAAGAAGGAACAUGAUAAGAAGGAAGACCAGAAGGUGGAGGAAAAAAAAACUAAGGAAGACACAACAUCAAGUGAAGACAAAAACGCCCCUACAAAAAAGGCUUCGUGGGCCCUCAUUUACAAAUGUUCGAACACGAAAACUUUGAUGAAAAGAGACGUGUUGACUGUUCUAGACAAUUGCAUUGGAAACAACUAUUCUGUUAAUUUGAGUAACCCUGACCUAGCCGUGGUGGUUUACGUGACAGAGAUUAUGUGCGGAAUUAGCAUCGUCAAAGGCUACGAAAAGACGAGGAAGUUUAACAUCGCGGCAUUUAACGAAGAUUCCUGA